UAAACUUGCACGCGGUGAAGAGUGAAGAAGUGCUCAAGAUGUCAACACGGGAGCAAGAGGCAGCUGAAUACCUCGAGAAACACAAGAUUAUUGACCUGAUGGAUAAUUUAACUAGUAUGCUGUUUUUUUACAGACCAGAACGACCUCGAGAAUUUCUGAUUGAGCAGCUUGAAAGGCUCAAAAUAUCCAAACUUGAUCAAAAAGACAGCCCAUGUCUCUUUAACGAGUCCAACUUGGAUGCUUUGUUUGGGAUCCUGGAUCCAUCUCAUCAAGGUUAUAUCACUCAUGUUCAAUACAAAGAAGCACUGAAGACACUUGGUGUCAGGAAUUUCAAUGAGUUUCCAGAUGGAGCUAGUGAGGACAAAAUAUCACAAGAAACGUUUACAAGAGAGGCGUAA